UUUCCCUGGGAACAUUUCGCGGGACGCUGCGUUGUUGUUCUGCAUGCCAUGCACAGAUUUCCUAUUCGGUGAAUCAGUUUGAUGAUUGUGUUAAAGAGAAAGUGCCAAAAGUUUUGAAGAAUCAAAAACUCUGUUCCUCCACAACAUGUCUCACUUUAAUCUGACGCAUUUGGGUUAUCAAGACCCGAUUAGAGAGAAGGUUUUGCAGCCCAAUCCCGAGUACCGAUACCAGCUCGUACAAGACGUCCCGAAAGGUUCUUACGUGACGUUCCGGCCGCCAGCAUCCAAGUUACCACCCAUCGACAUGCACAAAUACAACAAGGUUAUCCAGCCCGGAAAAUACGAAGAGCACGGUGGAUCAUACGUGAAAUUCACUGAGAGAUUGCACAAACACACAAGGACAAACAGUGCACCUAAUGAAAUCUACCGAACCGAAAUAACAACUUCCAUGAAACCUGGUUGGUGGAGUCGCAAUGAUAACAUUCAUCAGCGAGAGCCUUGGACGCACACGCCAAGGAGGGUUUUGGUCAACAGCGAAAUGACAAGAUUUGUGAAUGAGAUGAGUCUGACGAACAGGGAAUUUUCUCUCUUCUAGGCAGAGACCAACUUAACGUGCAAGGCAGGAAUUUUUUACAUACAUAUACACUGUAUAUCCACCGGAUUCAUUUGAUAUCCAACUUACUUAUUUGGGGAUAUAAACAACUGAGUACAGAUGCAUUCCUUUGCAAAUCUCUUCCAUGAAACUGACAUCCUCUCAGACUACAACUGCCAUGUUUCCAGCAACUCGGUCAACUCAAGGUCAUUCAGGUUGUAUGGUUCGUGCAUGAGCCAUAGCCAACCCACAGACUAUGUCCAAAUGGAGUGGUUGUGGCCAGGGGUAGCCAUGUGUCUGCAGGAAGCAGUCACAGCCACUUGAACCGAUGGCUUCCACAAGCACGCAUGAUAAUUCUAGUCACAGCUGCAGCUGUUGCAAACAGCCACACAAAGGGGAAUGGAUUCAACACAAGUUCACUGGUCUGCAUGACACUUUAUUUGUGUAUUUUGAAAUUGGGACCAAUGCAUAAAAUUUGUAGGGUUGCAUCUGUCUGAAGCUGGGAUCUAGGUCCCGGAUACAGUAGUUUUGGUUGCAAGCACACACACUUGGGCAACUACCUGUUAUGACCAAUUAGUAAGUUGACUCAAAUGGAAAACUAGAGGCCCCUCAGAACUUAGGAUAAUGAGACAUACCAACAUUGAACGUGUGGCAUCUGUGUUGUAACUUGAAAGGGACCGGGUUUUGCAGGAACUUGUCAGAGUAGAUAACUACAUGUAUGUAGCAGCAAUGCUAGGAGUGCCAUACAAGCUUCAACAUUGUGUUAAUGAUAAACUGUUGGGAUUUUGUAGUGGAUUCAAUCAUUUUGACAAGAGCAAGGCAGGUCUAGGACAAGUGUAUGUGUAUUCAAGAACCUCCCCAGAUACUCGGUUGAGAUCCAGGUGUCAGCAAGAUGUUUCAAGUGCUCAUCACAAACAUUGUUUGAAGUUUAAUGAGUACAACUAUUUCCUAAGCCAAAUUCAAUUUGUUGAUUUUGCUAAACACAUCCCACAUCUAAAUGCAUCAAUAUGUCUAAUUUUCAUAUUGUAAAUAAUUAAACAAACAGUAAAACAAACGUUUAAAAAAAAUCACUUUUAGUACAUUUUUACGAUGAUUUAUGUAAUCAUGAAUUCCGCUGAAUUCAGUAUAUGACUUCUAUAAAAGCAUGAAUUUAACCUCCGUUGUUUUGUAUCAAAAAUUUCCUUUUCCUUUCCAAGUAACAAGGACCAUUGCUAGAGCUGCAGUAUUACUAAUAUAACAUAGUAUUUGGCAGAUACACAUUUCUUAUGUAAACAGAGACAUUAGCAAAGCACCAUUACAUGAAUAUGCUACUUAGGUUAGCCCAACAGGGUCUGAUUUUAAUUUCUCACCUCUUUGACUAUGGACACGAGUAUAAGUCCAUACUUACAAGACAGCAGGAGGAGACUGUGUAACAGCAGAUGUCAUUGGGCUAACUUGGCGGUAGUCAUGUAGGAAUUACUGGAACUGUGUUUGAUGUUGCUUGUCAAGGUCCAAAGGAAAUAUUCCAUGGUUAUAUUUUUGUAGUUUACAGUGCCUUAUUAUUUUGCAUUAUAGCACAGCAGAUGGCAAUUCGGAUGAAGACAAGCGAGACGUAACAGUUCUGCAUUACAUGUAUUAUACCGAUGCCCUUUUAAUGCAUUAAAUACGUACAUGUAUACACUCCAAAACUUA